AUGAAUUAUAUACUACUCUCACUGCUUACCUUGGGCAUAUGGAUCUCUUCCGCGUCGGGACUUCCAAAGGUUGAAACCCAAAAUCAACCUCGGACACAGGGAACUAUCAGAGUCCAGGAUCGCCCUACCUUCUCGCACAAUGCGACUCUUCAUAGGCGUAACAACAUCAACAAGUAUGGAGGGUGCGACAAAAUGUACAAAGACGGGAAAUCCAAAGGAAAGGAUAUCGUCAAACAAGGAUAUCAUGACAUGUUGCGAAUGACUGGCCUUCUAAACCCAUUUCUGACAGUGGUUGUUGACGAACAGCUCAUAGAGCUGGAUCCUGGACCGAUGGAGAAUCGCUUCUUGGCCGUUGGCAAAGACGACAAAUCUAGAGCCAAGAGGGAUCUUAUCUACACCAUUAUCCAGCAAUCAGCACUUUGGUAUCCUUGGUACCCCUUUGACUGGUUCGGUGGAAGGCGCAUAGAGGUAUAUUGUGAAGUAGAUCAACCUAACACGGGGGGUUCUUCAUGCGCCAAAAUGGAAAAUGGUAUGAAAACUCGUGCCUAUGCUGUCAACUACAAAGGAAAGUCACAGAUUGUUUUUUGUGCAUCUUACUUUAUCCAACCCUCGUUGGAUGAAAGGAAAGCCGAGCUAGACAAAACCCCCGACAAGACGAAAGAUUUGACCUGGAUGAGGACUAGAGCACACACUUUCUUUCAUGAAAUGUCCCACUUGGCGGUCAUUGAGGGUCGAAAACUUCAUGUCGUAAAAGAUUUGAACCAGAAUCCCGUGGGUCCUUCUGGAAAAAAGGUGUAUGGGCCAAAACUGGUAGAAGCCCUAGCACGCGACUAUCCUGACUAUGCUUACUUGAACGCGGACAACUAUGCCUGGUACGCAACUGCCAUGUGGUAUAGACAGUUUUACGGAGACCCCGAUUCUGCUUCUAUCACUGCGACUGCACCAGAGGACGAUGCUGUAGAUUACUUCGAAGACGACGGAUCCGAUCCACUUCCUGCCGAGUUCGACAACCCAGAUUACGACGAGAUUUCGGAAGCCGAAGCAAUCGCCUUUGCUGCUGGCGAUUACACCCCUAGUGGUUGGCUGAAAAACAAGAAGCUUAGAAUACUUCCACUUGGUGACUCGAUUACAAGUGGCGUUCAGAGCUCCGACGGCAACGGGUACCGGAAAGAUCUAUUGAAUAUACUUGAGGGUGCGAAUAAUGCCGUUGAGAUGAUCGGAUCUAUGAAAACUGGAAAUAUGGCCGACAAUGCUCAUGAAGGCCAUAACGGAGCAACCAUUGACCAGAUUGCAACUUUUACGAGCGCGUAUACACAGCGACCCAAUGUCAUUCUACUCCACGCCGGCACAUAUGACUUGAGCCUCUCAGUGGAUCCAGCUUCCGCUCCUCAGCGUCUCGACUCGCUCGUUGGAAAGUUGGUUGCUGCUUGUCCUGAUGCUACAAUUAUCGUUUCGAGGAUCAUUCCAUCCUCAAAUGGCGGAACUGCAUCUCUGAUCAAGCCUUUUAACAAGGCUGUCGCGGAAUUCAUGGCACAACGCGCCGAUAUAACAAAAUGGCGGUCAAAUGGGCCAUUGCUAUAA